AUGAGCGCCGAAGCAAAUACCAGCCCGCAAUCCAGUGUCGAAGAACUCAUUCAAGUGCGCCGGGACAAACUUGAUGCCCUCCGUGAGCUCGGCAUCAACCCCUAUGGCGAACGUUUUCAAACAACGACCACCCCGGGUGAACUCAAAGCUGAUUUUUCAGAUGAUCAACCCGUCACCAUUGGCGGACGACUCCUUGCGAUCCGUGAUAUGGGGAAAUCCGUCUUUGCCACCAUCGGAGACGUGAAUGGUCGUAUUCAGAUCUACCUCAAUCAAAAAGGCCUCCCUGAAGACCAGUGGGCAGCUUGGGAACUCCUCGACAUGGGCGACUGGGUCGGAAUCGAAGGAACCACCUUCACCACAGGAAAAGGUGAACCCUCAGUCAAAAUAGAAAAGCUCACCGUCCUCUCCAAAGCCCUCCGACCAAUGCCUGACAAAUGGCAUGGCCUCUCGAACCGCGAAACAAAGUAUCGCAAACGCCACCUUGACCUCAUGUCCAAUCAAGAAAGCGCAGAUCUUUUUGUGCUUCGCUCUAAAAUCCUUGCCGAGACCCGACAGUUUUUCCACCAACGUGGCUACAUCGAAGUUGAAACACCCAUGUUACACGAUGUCGCCGGAGGUGCAGCCGCCCGCCCCUUUGAGACGCACCACAACGCCCUCAAUAUGCCCCUCACCCUCCGCAUUGCUCCAGAACUCUACUUAAAAAGAUUGCUGGUCGGCGGCAUGCCCAAGGUCUUUGAACUCAAUCGCAACUUCCGCAAUGAAGGGAUUUCCCGCCGACAUAAUCCUGAAUUCACCAUGCUCGAGGCCUAUCAAGCCUUUGGCGACUUUGAGCAAAUGUCCGAGCUCGUUGAGGAACUUGUCUGUCACCUCGCCGAGACAUUUUUUGGCACCCUACAGAUUGAACACAAGGAUGAAGAAGGAAAUCUCAUCCGAACCCUCGACCUCUCGCGCCCAUGGAAACGAGCUCCUUACAAAGACCUCAUCAAAGAAAAAGCCGGCAACGAUUGGUUCGAUCUCACCCCAGAGCAACGCCGCGCGAAAUGCGAAGAACUCGGCGUGCAAAUUUCACCCGAAAUGGAAGACUAUGAAGUCAGUCAGCAGGUUUUUGAAAAACUAGUGGAAGAGCACACCUUCGACCCCUGCUUUGUCACUCACGUUGAUUCAAAACUCAUUCCACUCGCCAAGGAAAAUACAGCCGAUCCUUCCGUCAUCGAUGUUUACGAGCUCAUCAUCAAUGGACAGGAAAUCUCCCCGGGCUACUCCGAGCUGAACGACCCCAUUGUCCAACGCCGGCGCUUCGAAGAGCAGUCAGGCGGAGAGACUCAAGAAAUCGACACAGACUUCGUCGAAGCUCUCGAACACGGCAUGCCUCCGGCGGGUGGCAUUGGUAUUGGAAUCGAUCGCCUAAUCAUGCUCUUGACUGGCGCCCCCACCAUCCGUGACGUUGUCCUCUUCCCUCAGCUCAAGCGCAAAGACUAA